AUUGAAUUUCUAUAGGUAACACUGGAUCCGCUCCUUUUCUUUGAAUGGAAAUGGGAAAGGUCCGAGGAGUUGCGAAUGAAGUGACAGAGCUGACCGGUAGAGUGUGUGGUCAUGCUGUCCAUUCUUGACCAGUACAGCCAAGUGAUCAAAUUUUCCGAGCUCCCUGACCCCCGGACGUCAUGGGAGUUACAGCGACUGAUCGGGGAGGGCACGUACGGGGAAAUCCACCAGGCCAUACACAAAGAGUCUGGGGAGGUGGUGGCGAUGAAGGUACUGGAGUCCAUACAUGAGAUGAUUGAGGAGAUAGAGGAGGAGUACCAGGUCCUCAGGGAUCAGGGGAACCACCCCAACAUCCCACGCUUCCACGGGAUCUACCUCAAACCCCCCACCAACGGGAUUGACGCAGAGGUCUGGAUAGCAAUGGAGCUGUGUGGGCGCGGCUCUGUGACCCACUUAGCCCGGGAACUGAUUGGGCAGGGCAGGUUUAUGGAGGAGGACCUAAUUGCCCACAUACUUAGAGAGACCCUCAAAGCAUUGCAUCAUCUACACAAGAACCAUGUGAUUCAUCGCGAUGUCAAAGGUCACAACAUCCUCAUCAACGACCAAGGACAGAUCAAACUUAUAGAUUACGGUAGGUCAACC